CUCGACUCUUCGCCCAGUUCUUUAUUAGCCAUAGCCCAUGCAGUUCCUACACACAGUCGAAGUUAAAGACUACACUAGCUACUCAAGUUAGUAAACUACUAACUUAAAGAAAUUAUUUUUCGCAAGUGUUUUGUAUGUUUUAUAGGUAUUGCCGCAUUGGGUUCUUUUUAAAACACAAGUGAUAGUUUAUUUAUAUACAUUUAAAGUGUAUUCAUGUCUGCUUCACAACCUGUAUAUAGAAGAGUUCAAGCAUUCAAGGAAGCAAUAUUUAAUCAAGAAAAUAUAUACAUAAUACAAUGAACAAACCAUUCGAAAUGGAAAAAUGUCCUUGGGAUCAGAGUACUUACAUAGGACGGUGGCAUUAUUACUUUUGGGUCACAAACCCUAUGCUAUGCUUGAAAACCGAUAAAGAGCUUGAAGAAGCCAAGUCUUUACGUUCAUCCUAUCUAAAUGGUACACUUCCACCUGGGACAACUACUGAACAAUUGUUAGCUGCUAAACAGAUCUAUGAAAGUUCAUUUCACCCAGAUACUGGACAAAAACAAAAUGUAUUUGGUCGAAUGUGCUUUCAGGUCCCCGGGGGUAUGGCUAUUACUGGAGCAAUGUUGUCUUUUUAUAAAACUGUGCCGGCUGUGGUGUUUUGGCAAUGGAUUAAUCAGUCAUUCAAUGCUUUAGUCAACUAUACCAAUCGAAAUGCUAACUCUCCCUUGAGCCAAACUCAAAUGGGCACAGCGUACGGUUCAGCAACAAUAGCUGCUUGUGUGACAUCUAUAAAAUUCAAACAAUACCUGACAAACAAUGCUUCACCCUUUUUUCAAAGAUAUGUUCCAUUUGCCGCGGUUGCAGCAGCCAAUUGUGUGAACAUACCAUUAAUGCGCCAGACUGAAUUAUUAAAAGGUGUAGAUGUUUAUGAUGCUGAUAAAAAUAGAGUUGGAUGUUCUAAGUUAGCUGCAGCUAAAGGAAUAUCUCAAGUAAUAGUAUCAAGAAUUGUUAUGUGUGCACCUGGAAUGGUAUUGCUACCUGUCAUAAUGGAAAAACUUGAAAACAAAAGUACAUGGUUCAAGCGAAAUACAUGGAUCCAUGCUCCAUUCCAAACACUAGCUGUUGGUUGUUUUCUGAUUGGUAUGGUGCCAACUGCCUGUGCCUUGUUUCCUCAGUUCAGCUCCAUUAAAUUAAGUACAUUGGAGAAAUACGAGAAUACUGCAUACUGUGACAUAGUGAGCAACUGCAAGAACCCACCAGCUGUCGUAUACUCCAAUAAAGGACUUUGAAAUAACAAUCUCAUAUACUGAUAGUAUCUUUAAAAAUAUACUCAUUAGGUUUAUCUGUUUAUUAUGAAAAUAAUUAUAAAAAGUCAGUAUUGUUCAAUAGGGUGCACAUAAUCACAGUAUACUAAAAUGUGAGAUACUGAAAUUUGGUGUGUUAGAACUUUGAAAUAAUUUAAUUAUACUGGAUAGUUGAAAAGUAUAUAAUGUGGUAGUAUUACAUACUGCUAAUAUGGCAAAACAAAUUAUGUAUUGAGAGAAAAUAUUUAUUUUUCCCAACAGGUCCAAAUAAGAACAGAAAUGUCAACAUAUAUCCUAUAUUUUUAUUUUGAAAUCCAAACACCUUAUGAUGAUCUUGUUUUUAAAAAUAUUUUAAUAUUAUUUUGUUUUUACCAACAGAUAUUUGUUAACAUAAUAAUUGUCUGAUUAGUAUCUUAUUUUUUCAAACAACAAAUAUUCAAUGAUAUACUUUUCUGCUUGAUUUUGUAAUUUAUUCAUAAAAAUAAAAUAUAAUGACUAAUUUAUAAGUAUCAAGUGCUUCCAAUAAAUAUAAAAUUCAUAGUUAAGUCAGUACAAUGAAAAAUAAAUUGUAAGCUAAGAUAGAUUGUUUAACAUGAUUAUUAGAAUCAAAUAAUCAUUUAUAGCUUAGAAAAAACUCAAUAAAAAUCAUUUAUUGCUACAUGCUUAUUUAUAAGUAUUUAAGAUCUGAUUACUUAUAUUGUUUCGAUUUAUGAACCCAAUGUUUCUAAAUCUUUUGAUCUGUAUAAUAAUAACUGUUAAGCAUCACAAUAUUGUAUUCAACUAAAUGAUCUAAUAAUAGUACUUAUUGUUUGAUAGUUAUUAAAAUAAGCAAUAUAUUUGUAACUUUUAGCAAUUAUAUAUUAUUUCUUUCAAGUAAAA